AUGGGAUAUUUAAGAGCUUGGCAAAUUUGCAGAGAGUUGAAACAAAGGGGUCGGAUUCUUGACCGUCACUUCGAGACAAUCAAAGCACACGUGAAGGCGGGCAACCCCGUUGCGAAGGAGCGAUGGGACGCCAUCGAGAGCGCGUGGGGGCUGAAGCAGAACGGUGUCUUCGACGAAGAAGACACCCGCCUGUCCUCUUCAUCCCAACAAGAUGCCGGCAGCGCGCGAGGUGCUGCACCGCCGUCUCAGCACCCACCUGCUGCUGCAGGCGGCAACAUCUGCAACGCGUUCGCGAUUGGCAGCCGAGAACCGAUUGAGCGGACUCGCGGUGGAAUGAAAGAGCUCAUAUCCGGUAUAAGCUUCCCACCUCCGACCCCAGAGUCCCGCCGAUCUUGCCCUCACUGCCCCAUGACCUUCGUCAACGAGCAAGGCCUUGGGAUCCACGUGAGAACGCAGCACAGCAGUGCAAACAUGUCCAACGGCGUGCGGCUGCGGCGCAUGUUACGGAAGGAUGUCGGAGGGAGUGUCCUGCCGUGGGAAGCAGCCGGGCCUGGGCGUUGCUGGCACGUGAAGCUCGAUCAUGCGACGGGGACGGCUUCCGAAGGCUUUAUGGACCGCAAACCCAAGGACACUCGUGAGGCUCCCAAGCGCAGGCGAUACGACUUCAGGUUCAAAGCCCACGCGUUCAACCAGCUGCGCAUCCUCCAGGACAACGCCGAAGACCUCUGGAAGGAGGAGCAGCGCACGCCUCUUCAGUUCAUGGAGGAUCGUCUCAAGAUUCCCUACAGCAAUAUAGUGAAGUGGGCCAAGAACGAGAAGGAAUUGGUCACGGCGGCAGCCGAUGACGUAAAGAAGAGCCUCCUCGCCAAACAGCAGCCUUAG